AUGUUCGAAAGGUCCGUGCGUUGUGCUGCAGUCUUCAGGGAAGCUUACGGUGUCGCAAAGGGCGACCGAGUUGUUAUUUGCUCGAGAAACUUCUCUGCUUAUUACGUCGCAUUCUGGGCCUGCCAUCUAUUGGGCGCCGUCACUGCCCUCGUAAACGCAUGGCUUCCGCUUGAACCCCUCCAACACUGCAUCGCACUGACAAAAUGCAAGCUCGUGCUUCUUGACCCUGAACGAGCUAACGUCAUCGAGCCUAUCAUCGAUCACCUGAAGGAAAUCACAGGCACCUCAGGUUGCAUUGUCAUGGAGGAACACGAAGGCAAAGGCGUCUGGACUGGCAUGGAUAAUUUCGGGACCGUCCUCUCUCGCUCGUUGGCAAACCCGGAAACCGUCCUCCUUGACGAUCCUCAGAUAAGCCCGGAGGACGAUGCCACUCUUAUUUUCACAUCUGGGACCACUGGACUUCCGAAGGGUGUACUAAGCUCCCAAAGAGCUUUCUUGAGUGUUCUUUUCACUAACGCGUUUAUCUUCGGUCGAAAUACUGUUCGGCAAGGAGGGUCCUUCCCGCCUCCACUUACUAUGGGACCUCAGAAAGGAGCUCUGCUACCAACCCCGCUCUUCCAUGUCACGGGUACGACUGUAACGCUAAGCGCAACAAUGCACGGUUAUAAACUUGUGUUAAUGAGAAAAUGGGACCAGCAAGAGAAUGUUAGGACUCUCGGCGGUGUCCCAUUCAUGAUAACCGAUUUAGAACAUCAUCUGGCCGGAUUUCCCAUGGAGACUAUCACCUUAGGCGGGGCGCCUGUAGCAGGAUCUCUUGUUAUCAGGUCGAAGGAAAGGUUUCCAUCUGCUGUCAUGUCAAAUGCUUAUGGACUUACUGAAACUAAUUCGACAGCUAUUGGUCUUGGCGAGUGCUGUAUAAGUUUGCUAUUCUUUAUUGCUGAUGCAUUUGCAGCUGGGGAAGACUAUUUGGCUCGGCCAGAAAGCAGGCUCGUUUUUGUAUCUUUCACUUUCGGGCAUGUCGAGGCUGCACCGGGAGAAAUUGGAGAAGUAUGGAUUCGUGGUCCCUGCGUUAUGAAGAGAUAUUUUGGCGACCGAGAGGCCACCGAUAAGGCACUGACACAAGAUGGUUGGUUCAUGACGGGCGAUUUAGGAUAUCGAGAUGCCGAGGGAUUUUUGUUUAUCAAAGGGAGAAUCAAGGACAUCAUCAUUCGCGGUGGGGAAAAUGCGGAUUGUGUCUCGGUCGAGAGCGCAUUACACACCGAACCAGGCGUCUUGGAAGCGGCCGCGGUUGGUGUACCCGAUAAGCGUCUUGGAGAACUAGUGGCCGCAGUUGUUACAGUCAAACCGUCGUGGCGCGGGAAGGUGAAGGAAGAGAAGCUUUUAUCUAUUGCAAAGAAACUGUUACCCAAAUUUGCUGUUCCGGUCAUGGUGAUGGUACAGGAUGGCGAGUUUGAGCACACACCUUCAGGGAAAAUAGUGAAAUCCACUCUUCGAAUUGUGGCGCAGAAGGAAUGGGAGCGUCGAAAGAGAAGCUCUGAUACGGCCAAGCAUAAGAUUUAA